AGCUUAACCAUAUUUUCUGUUGUGUUUAUAGAACCUCCUUUGCAAACCUUCCUUUGACAAGGUAGCCUAGCACGAAGUGUACUGUGGCGACUAGAUCUCGGGUGGCCGAGAUAGCAGCUGUCUGGUCCUUCAGGCUGACUUCAAUAUGGCAUCUAAAAGUGAGCCCAAAAAUGGCUUCACUGAUGUAGCCAAUGUGGAAGAGAUGGCCAAAAUGGCCUACAUGCUUCUUACUGACCUUGGCUAUACGACAACCCAACAUGAAUUUAACGAGCGAUUAUUCAUCAUACCCAAUAACGAGGCAUUCGUGUUCGUCUUCCAAUUCCUUCUGCCUCUGCUUGAUCGAAAAGAAUACCGAGAACGAUUCAAAUUUGUUCUUAGAGUUGAUGAUAAGCGCAAGGAAGCAGAAUUUCGAAAAGUGUUGUGCAACUAUUUGCAAGAUUUGGCAAAGACCGGUGAGUUGGGAUGGGAUGUCCCGCCGAUAAAGAUGGCGCUAUUCACAACACCGGGACGCAGCACGUUCCUUCAUGUUCUAUUGUGUGUGAUCGAAGCUGUGUUAAGACGUAAUGCCUCGUCUCUCGGACUCGUGCUAGCUCCGAUGGGCGAGUCGAUCGAGGCGCUUCGCACCGGAACAGAAUUUUACCAGACCCAACUUGCAGCUAAUGAACAACUAGCCACGGAUUGUCGCACGCAGAUGCAAUCUCAGAUCGAGUCAUUAGCGGAGGAACUGAAGCGCAAUGAGGAAGCCGUGGAACGAAGUCGUGAAGAACUUCGUCGUGCACAACAACAAGAAAAGGUGCUAGAUUCGGACCAGCGUAACUUAGAGAGAUUUUCAGCAUCAGUUAACCAGCUGAUAGAUACAUCCUCUCGUUUGGCGCGGCUUCUUCAUUUGGUAGCCGAUGGUGAUCAGACUGUGGAUGUCCACCAAUUGAUCGAACUUCCUAAUAAAGGACUGAUUGCCGCUUGUCCUGAACUCCAGCCAAUGGUAAUUGAGCUCGAGACGCAAAUGACUUCAGGCCAAGUGGAUCUCGUCCUGUAUCUUCGCUUACUCAAUACCAUGAUUAUAGCCUUUAAACCGCUGUACGAUGAUGUUCUGGGCAAGAUGACGGCCGGUUCCACUAUUCAAGAGUUGAUCGAGCAGCAACGAAGCUUUUUGAAACGAGCAGAUAACACAUUGUCGCGCGUAGACGACCUCAUUCAGGAGAAGGAGGCAGUUUUUGCAAAAAAUAUCAGGCCGGAGAAAGCAGCAGACUGGCUGGAAGCAAGAGACGAACCAGAGGCUAUCACUUACGCGAUAUAUCCACCUGCGGCUGACGACCUGAUUAGCCUUUAUCAGUUGACGCAGAUUCCAGAUCUACAAAAAGACGGUAAAGCUCCCACUGAAAAAGGGGUUGCAUCUUAUGAAAUUGAUGGUCUGAUGAAUCCGCCGAAGGGCACUCUACGACGCCGUAAGCUUAACAUGUCGAAUCUCCGCUCAAGAGACAAUCUCACGUCCUGCAGUGAUUUGUCAGGCAUUGUACCGUUAGAGCGCUUUGAAAGUACCCCACGGAUAGCACAUCUCAAGAAAGAUGAUUUGGGACAGAGGCGACGCCGAAGUAUUAAAGACAUCUUUACUUCAACACCAAUACCUCGUUAAAAAAAAUGUGGAAUCGAAUCGUUGAAUAUAUUGUGACAGAAGUAGCCGAUCAAAAAACUGGUUAAAAAACAGGCGAACAAAGUCCAAGCGGACAAUUUUAUAGAGACCAAAACGAUGAAGGAGUGUUUUAACAGUUUUGUCGUUGGUUCCCGUCAGUCUCAACGGGAAGCGUAGAGAACAACAGUCUGUUGUAUCCAGAUAGAAGAGAAACGGCGUUGAUUGAAUAUGCUGAGAUAGACUUAGACAUCUAUUGCAUGUACGUUUUUCCACGGCUACGUCCGCCUAAAACGCUGAUACCUUCGCCAGCCGUUAGUUUUUGGUGAUGUUAGUUUGGAUUUUAUAGUGCACGUCGUAAUAAAAAAAAACAAGCCAUUUUUUAGACACCUGCUUUCUUCCCUAACUACAGCGUUAAUGAGAAGUUUUUGUCUACGAGAGCUUCCAGCUUUGGAAGCAUUUAUUCCAUUUUGACAACACCUAUAUGUCUUAGCUGACAGUCUAUUAUUUCCUAAGUAGUAUUAGAAUAGUUGUGUACUGCGAUUCAGAAAGCACCAGCUAUUGGAAGUUCGCAUGAAAGUACUGCUUUCGACGGGAUACAAUGUUUCGUGUGUCAUCCCACGAUGUUGUAGUGAUAGCGAGUUAGUGUUUUAAACUUAAAGACGCUUAAUCCUUUGACGAGAGUUCCCCUCAUGGUUACCUGGAAAAUUAUUAGUUAAAAUAAUACCUAUAGUCCGUAAACUAACCGCUAAUUUCAGCAUGCUGAAAGCAGAAGGUUGACAUUUUCGACUAGUGUGCAAUCGACUUUCGUGUUUUGGGUAUUUCGUUCCGGUCUUGUUUUUUUUUAUUAGAACAUAUGUACAACCGCGAUUGGGUAAAACCACACCAAUCACCCAGUUGGUCACAACCUUUCAACAUAUCUUUACAUUCAUGAGGCUUUUUCUGCGUUAUUUUUAGACAACGUGAAAUAUUUAAGGAGGUGCAACUGCAAAACAAAGAACAAAAAAUCAAUCCACAGGCUCAAUCCAUCGUUUACCUAUAGAGGAGAUAAUUUCCGAGCAAUUCAUGAAUUACUUUAUACCAUCCUCAUGUAUCAUUAUGAUAUGGAAGGACACGUAAGAAAUACCUAAUAUAUAACUCCAGUCGGUACAGUCUUAGCUACUAAAUCUGACUGUUAUUUGUUUUAUUAUUCAUGGUUUAAUUGAUAGCGCUACGAAACGACGAUACUUCAAUGAAAAUCUGUGGACUACUGGCAAAGUGGGAAGUUUUUAUAAUACUCGCAGUAGUAGUAGGCUCGCAACAAGUUUGUUUUGAGAAACUUUAUUAUUAUUAAAACUUUAAGUAUUACACAAAACGUUUUUUGUUUUAUAUAAGUUACCUAUG